AUGACUGAAUUUAACCGCUUCAUUGAUGACUUGGAGGUUAUGGAUGUGCCACUACAUGGGAGGAAGUUCACUUGGUUUGGACCAAAUGGACAAUCCAUGAGUCGCUUGGACAGAUUUCUGGUUUCUGACGGGUGGACCAACCAUUGGCCUCAUUGCUUCCAAUCUGUAUUGGUUAGGGACAUUUCAGAUCAUUGUCCCCUUCUUCUUAGAUCUGUGGUGCAAAAUUGGGGACCAAAACCUUUUCGGGUUCUAAAUUGUUGGUUUCAACACCCUUCGUUUAAGAAGUUUGUUUUGGACUCUUGGUCUUCUUUUCAGGUACAAGGGAGAGGCAUCUUUGUCAUUAAGGAGAAACUGAAAUUAUUAAAAGCUGAACUGAAAAAGUGGAAUGUUGAGGUCUUUGGCAAUGUGUUGGCUACAAGGAGAAACAUUGUGAAGAGAUUACAGGAUCUGGAUGUCGUAGCAGAGAAUGUGGGUUUAAGCAUUGAGGAGACAAAAGAGAGACAACAAGUGCAAGCUGAGUUUUGGAGGAUUGCAAAACUGAAUGAAUCCCUGCUUUUUCAGAAGUCUAGGCUACGGUGGAUCAAAGAAGGUGACAUGAAUACUAAAUACUUUCAUUCUAUUGUUAACUGGAAGAGAAAAACAGAUUCUAUAGUGGGCUUGGUGAUGGAUGGUAGUUGGGUUGAGGAUGUGACCAGGGUCAAGGAGAGGGUUAAAGAGUUCUUUGAGGAGAAAUUCCAGAAUCAACCUUUUACCCGAAGGCCAAGGCUUGAUGGUGUGCUCUUCAACCAGAUUUAUGAUGAGGACAAUCGCCGCCUAUGUGCCUGUAUCACUUUGGAGGAGAUUAGAGAAGCGGUGUGGGAUUGUGAUGGCAAUAAAAGUCUGGGUCCGGACGGGUACAAUUUCAAGUUCAUUAAAGAGUUUUGGGAGAUUCUAAAGGAGGACCUGAAAGGAGCGGUGGAGGACUUUUGGACAAAUAGAUCUUGGCCUAGAGGAAGCAAUGCUUCUUUUAUAGUACUAAUCCCGAAGGUUGAUUCAACUCAGGGCCUUCAUGAGUUUCGGCCUAUUUUGCUUAUUGGUUGCUUGUUUAAAGUGGUGGCUAAGAUUCUUGCUACACGCUUGAAAGGAGUGCUUCCAAAAGUCAUUGACGAGAAGCAAUCUGCUUUCCUAGGAGGGUGCAACAUGUUGGAUGGUUGA